AUGCGUGGCUAUUGCAACAAGGAUUCGGAUAUAGGAGCUCAGUUUGCGUGCAACCCGGACUCAAAGACAUGCAAGUGCUACAGCGGGAAGCAGGUUGCUCCAGACUCGAUUUUGUGGCAGGACCAAAAGAAAGUGGCCUUCAAGCACACGUUGUUAGGAGUGCCAUACAAGCUUAGGAGCAAUUUAAUGAAGUACAACAUGUUGUCGCUGCGUAGCUUGGGCCGUGUUCCGAAUAUGAAUUAUCCACAGUUUGCUUUAGAGACCGCUGAUGGAACGCCUGUAUCGGAAGAUACGGUUCGUAAGACUGUGCAGGAUUACAAGUCUACUGCGAUGCGUGGCCAGAGUAAAACGAAGAUAGGCGACGUUCUCAAAGCGUAUAUGCAUGAUCCUGUGUGUACGCUGAGAUCCAGCGUGUACUUCCUGCAUGGUGCACCGCCCACGUCGUCACACGAGGGCGCCAAGCCCUAUGACCUGUUAAACCAACGGCUGCAUGACAUGGAAUCUGCUGCGAAAGCCUACGGUAAAAGCGGCAGCCCCGGUGCAAGUGCUUUGGGAGGUCAAGGUCCCACUGGGCCGUCCCUUCUUGAUCUUAUACCUCGAUACGAGCUUUCAAGAUCCCUUAGAAAGAGACGAAGGUAUCUUGGUGUCAACAAUGGACAAACACGUGUUCUGGACGAUAGGUUUUAUGUGAAACUCAUGGGGGAUAAGGAUGUUUCCGAUGUAGGUUCAACUGUUACGGACCCUAAUAAGGAUGCUAACAAGACAGCAUUAUAUAAGCGUUACGCCACCGGUGCGGAUGAGUUCCCUCCUGCAGAGGAAUUGGGUUUGGGGCGUAGGGUGAAGUGGAGCACUGUAACCCCUGAUAACCGCCCGGACGCAAAAUACGACCGCAUUGAUCGCUGCUACUUCCACGAUAUCCUCAAAGAGAGGCACGACAUAGACCUCGGUAUAGAAGGAUGCGUAUCUCAGGUGUCCUCACGUUGCAACCAUACCCCAGACGGCCUUUUAUGCCACCCGUUCGUUCAAACUAGGUUCUACGCGCCUUUGAGGAAGCAGUUUUACCUGGAUAUUGAGCACUUCACGUUUUCCGCGGCAUUCGGCGUCUAUUUGGGCCCUGAAAAGGUGCUCUGUGGAUCGCCGGCGUCGAUAAAGAACGGCGUGCACUACAUGUACAACCCUGAGAGAUCCGGUUUGCCCAUCCUUGAGGAGUUUACGAUGGACGACCAGCGGUUUUUCAAAGUGGGCCCGUUCCAGGCUGUGGAGAAGUCGGGCAAGUACAAGAUCUGCGCUUGUGUUAGCAGCCACGGCGAGGACGAUGUGAAGACCUGCUUGCAAUUCUCCGAAUACACUAGUGUGCUAGGUCAAGUGAUUUUCUCUACAAGUUCGCUUACCCUGGUAUCGUCGAACGUCGCGGCGGGCAGCAAUGGCGAGGCAGAUUUACGCAACAAAGUCGGGCUGCUUGUCGACGCUGAGUCGAACUUCGAGAGCUGCGCUUCACUGUUCGACGCGUACAAGGUUGACUGGACGGUGCCCUCUGUGACGAAGCUUCCUAGUUAUAAUCGCUACAUGCGCGUGAUUCGAUCGGAUGGUUCGGCAUCUACCGCAAUCCAUUUUCCGAAGCCAGGAAAGUAUCGCUUAUGCUUGAUCAACAAUAAUACUGGUGAAGUGGUGGAGCAUUACAAAUCUUUCAUCAUGGAAGGUAUCCGUGACGAUGCCAGCGCUGUGAUCUACCGUGAUUCGUCUGGCCGGUUGGCAGGCAGCUCUUUGAUAUUUGAACGAUACGGCGAGGAACCUUCGGAUCGCGGGUUCUUUUAUCUUGCAGACUCCGAAACGGAUUGCACUGCGAAGGUCGUGGGUCGCUGGUCGGGCGCCAUGCAUCCCUACUACACUAGUAACAGCAAUAAAAUCCCGGCUCGUUGGGUAGUACGCGAUCUGCAGGUUGAUUUGGGGGAAUCAACGCCGCGUCCGAAUUACGCCAUCUGUGUAAAGUAUCCUAGAAAUUCGAAGGCACUCCGGAUCGGUUCCGCUCGCGUGCAGAACCAUGUCGAUGUGGACGAGAGAUUUUUAAUUGGCACGCCGUACCACGUGAAGAACAUACCGGAUGAUAUAUACAAUUACCAGCUGGGCAGGGAUUCCGACUUUGUCUUCACCUUGCUGACCGCAUUGUCCUUUAAAGACAAACCAAAAUAUAAAGAAUUCAGCGAGGCGUUUAAGGGCAACGGCAAGUACUACCACGGCAUUUUGGGCAAUUCGCGUUCCCUUAUGCUGCACUGCCGUGUAUACACCAAAAACGAUCUCAUCACGCUGUGGCUGAUGUCUGACGAGGAUCCCACUCUUUAUCCGCUCUUCACCGUUGUUUACGCACGCCCACGUUCGGUGGUGGUGGGUCAAACGGGUGGUAAAUUGUACAUUUAUGUCUUGACGGACACUACGCUGGCAAGGCAUUUGCUCACCGACCUGUAUCAACCCCACAAAACCCGUAAAACGCUGGCCGAACUAACGCAUGGCGGCAGUAUACUUCAUAUGGAUGUUAUACAGUUGCCGACGAAAACGAUGCUAGUGGCUGUGGAUGCGAAGUAUAGCCGUUUGUUACUUUACGACGAAACUUUAGCACAGCGUACCGAGUUUUUGGGGGCAUCAACGGGUCAUAUUAUCACUCCUGGAAAGAUAUCCUGUGUUAAAGACACGAAUGAACAGGGUUGGACGAGCUGUUUUGUCGCCACCGCAAUACCUAACGAGCUGCUUCACCUUUCUAUUUGCAAGGAUACAUAUGCGAUCAAAAUUUUGAGCCGUUACAAGUCCGGCAUGUCGGUUGAUGAUCUGGAUCCCAAGAUGGGGUCCAUCGCGUCGUUGUUCGCUACGAUCUAUGAGGAUGACAAAAAUAAGCACCUGGUGAUAUUUGCUUUGCGUGAGGACGGUGAACACGGAGGUCUGUACAAGACCGCGAGCGACUCAAGCGUGAUAUCGUUCGUCUCUCCUCUCACGAACGUGGGUCACGGUGCAUUCAUGCGGGGCAUCUACCCCGUUUUCAAUGACGAGACCAACCGCAGUGCCAUGGUGCUUUGCGAGAUCUAUCCGAAGGAUGUAAUUGACUCUACCAUGGAAUUAGAGAAGGUUUUCGAACGUACCGGGGACUAUGACUCCUCUCGCUUCCGCCUUACGUGGGCUCCUUAUACUGAGAUCGUUCACGUGCCGGAGCUGAGUUACAAGGUGGAUCCUCAUAUGACCAUCGGCACGUCCUACCAUUUCACUCCUCUGCUUGGCCCCAUCCCCGAUCGGUUCCCAUUGGCGAUUCAAUGGCUGUUGGACCCCAAGCAAAACGUUGACAAAGCUAUUUUUGAAGAGGUGGCCAAAAUCAGCGACAGUGGAGCGUUAACUAUCAUGUCAAAACGUCCUUUCAAUGGCCGUUUUGACGUUGUAAGGCGUAUUUUGUGGUCAACGUCGACUGCGACCAUCGAGGUCGACUUCUUAUGCCCUGACGGCACGUAUUAUGAUGGCACGGCAUGCAAAGAGUGCCCCCUGGGUACCUAUAAUGCCCUUAAACUUGUCCAGGAGGAUCGCACCCUCAUUUCACGUUGCAAAUCCUGCCCUCGUUUCGAGACCACUGCCACAGUGGGUGCGUUGUCGGCGGAUGAGUGCAAGUGUAUACACGGUUAUGCGGUUAGCGAUUUGUCUUCGGGUGGUUCGCGUUGCAAGCCGUGUUCUGGCACUUCAUACAAAUCCAUAUUUGGUGAUGAGCAGUGCCUGCCGACGUGUGGUAAGAACAUGUUUUCCAGGACUGCGGCGAACGCAUCUCAGGUGGAUGUGUUCUGCCGUUGUUACCCCGGGUACUACCUAAACCGCAGUAGGAAUUCGGCGGGCGGUUGUCUACCGUGUGAGAAAGGGUAUUAUUGUGUGGGAGGUUACAAAGCUAAGCAGAAGAAGUGCCCGAUAUACACCACGACCACCAUCACUGCGGCGAAGAGCCUCUCCGACUGUGUCUGCAUGGCUGGUUACGAGCCUGCUAACAGCAGCCGCUUGUCGAUCGAAGGCACGUACGAGAACAAGCUGUAUAAGCUGAUAUCGUCCAAAUACCACACCACAGGCAAUGACAUCAUGGUGUGUGUCCCAUGCGGUUACACCAAGUACAAGGAGACCCCCGGGCCUCACGCGUGUACGUCGUGUCCUGGCAGAACUCACGCCGCGUCUACCACCAACACGAAUCAAGACCAGUGCAAUCGCUGUCCACCGGGCUACUACGAGACCAAUGACCCAUCGUAUCCGUGCGAUGUUUGCAGCCCCAAUCACAUCUGCGUGGGUUCUGACCCAAUGGACCCUGCGCUGAUGCUGUACAGCGGUAAGCGUAUUAAGUGUGACAAGAACUCUGUGACUCUCGUGCCAUUUGAGGAAAACGUGCACCUCGCCAGCUGUCUGUGCGACAAGGGCUACAUGGCUCGUACGCGUACCGGUAUUGUGAAGUGCGAGGCGGUUCCCAAGAACACAUACAAGGAUGUGGUAGGAAAUGUCGGUCCAACUAACUGUCCGCCCGGGUCCUACACGUUGAAAAUCGGCGCAACUGACGUCUCCGAAUGUGUCUGCAAGAGGGGCAUGUUCUUCGACAAGGACAACAAGCGGUGCACGGUUUGCCCCGUCGGUAUGUACUGCCUUGGUGGCCGUUUACCAAACGGCGAGCACAUGUUGCCCAUGAUGUGCACAGACGGCAACGCGGUCACUAAAGAUGGCGGAGCCACGAGCCCCGGUGAAUGUCUGUGCAAGCCUGGCUUUUACUUACGGCAAGAUGGUCGCGGUGGGUGUGUUGAGUGCCCCGAAAACACGUACAAAUCAUUCAUUUCGAAUGAAAGCUGCAGUCAGUGCCCCAAGAAUUCUUUGACCUACGGGCAGGUUGGAGCCACAUCCAAGGAUCAAUGCAUUUGCGCCCCUGGAUAUUAUUUUAGCGGCACAUGUAGAGCAUGCGGCUUUCCUGAUAAAUAUUGCCCCGGAGGUAUCAUCAGUAAGCACGACGAUGAUACGGGAAAAGACAUAUAUGAAACAAGUGCUCCCGUAGACUGCCCACCGCAUACUGAAAUCCCACCAGGUGUUGACACGGCAGAUAGUGUGGACUUUUGCAAGUGUGGCAAAGGGUACGCAUUUGCAAAACAUAGUGACAAUUCACAAACAAAAACUUGCGUCCCUUGCCCACCUGGCUCAUACAAGGGUUCCGUUAUGGAUUCGAGUUGCAACGGGUUGUGUACCCAGAACGCCACCAGCCUACCGGGCGCGUUCAGCCCGAGCCAGUGCUUCUGCCAAAAAGGGUACUACUACCUGGCGGGUGGCAUAUGCGCGCCGUGCGUGGAAGGCGCCAGGUGCGACGGAGGCCUGGUAGACACGGGAGGGCAGGCAUACAAGCGCAGCAUCGUCAGGCACAACGACCACGUGAAGCCCGUGCCCAUCGAGGGUUACUACCUCGACAAGAUCAACCUGGAGCUCCGCAAACCGGACGAUUGGCGGUUCAUCGAGUGCCCUAUCAAGGGUGCGUGCCUGGGUGAGAAGGGCUGCUCGGAGUCGAUGACCGCGUACCUGUGUGCUGAAUGCAGGACGGGGUACACCAACAACUUCAAGAAGGGUGCUCUAUGCAGCAAGUGCCCAUCCACGCUAUCCAAUGUUCUGCUGACCAUCGCGUGGUACCUGACUCUUCUGUUGGUGAACAUCGUGAUGGCAUGCCUGAACGUUAGCGCGGGUUUCAACCGUAGGUCCAUCCACUCCGUCGUCAUCAAGAUUGCUCUGAACUACGGUGUCUGUAUGUCGGUCCUGAAUGUCAUCAACUUCAGCGAUUUGGCGUUGCCCGAGGAAUUGAAGUCUACAACUAUUCAAUGGAUUCGCAUGUUGUACCGUGAAACCAAGACGUAUUACACGUCCAUCGACUGCUUGCUUCAACAAUGGUUUGGAAUGAAGCACGCUGACGCCUUCUUUUACAACAUGCUUUUCAUUGCAUGUCUACCAGUCAUUUUGUUGUUCGUCGUCACUGUGCUGAUGUGUAUCAUUCUGGAACUUUUCAAGUUGACACGCGGUUCUACUAUGCGUUCCAAGUUGGCGCUACUCUACCAAUCCAAAGUACAGGGAAUGAACUAUUUGUAUGAUCGUUUGGUUGAAGAGUAUGCCAAUGAGCGUCUGUUUCUGAUUUUCCGUUAUAUCCCGCUUCCUGGUGAGACACGGUGGGUACGUUUCAAGCAUUUCCUGGAGGACAUGAUUCCGAUUUACGUCACUGUGCUUUUCUCACUGCACGGUAACACAACCAGUCAUAUGCUUAGUCUUCUAGACUGUACCUACAUCAACUUGGGGCAGUCUAUUCCUAGCAAGUACGUUCUGCGACCGGCGAUGAGCAUUAAGUGCUCCUUGGAUCCGGACGAGGGCUACAUUCCGUAUUUGCUUUUGGGUUUGGGUGGUUUGAUAUUUUGGGGGUUCGGUAUUCCCUUGUUUUCGUACAUUGUGUUGUUGAUGAACCGUAGGAACCUUUACGCACCUGAUGUCCGUAUGAAAUAUGGUUUCUUGCACAAUGGUUAUCAGCAAGGAUAUUGGUUCUGGGAAGCUAUUGUGUUCACACGUAAAAGCCUCGUUUUGGUUAUUGGCAGCAUUGUGAUCGUGCCGUCGCAGAACGCCAGUGGAUCGCGUAUAUGGAUGGCUCUCGCCGUUGCCGUGUUUUUCCUUAUUAUCCAGCUCAUCUACAAACCUUUUGACGAGCGGGACUACUUCGUUCUCGGAAGGCUGGAGAGUCACAGCAUGAUUUCGUGGACAGCGAGUUUGCUUGCGGUUUAUCUGAUGUGUUACAUAAGAUUGCAGCCCACAGUGGUUACCAUAGUUUGCGCGUUCCUGUUCGUGAACUCGUGUUACUUUUUCUGUGUUGUGAUUACGAGUUCGGUGCGUGCGUUACUUACAACUCUGCGACACAAGCGUGAUAGGACUCUCUUCAGGAAGCUGCGUUGGAUCGUUAGUGUAUUGCUAUACUUUGAGGCUCGUAGAUCUUUGCGUGAGCCUCAAAUCCAUUACAACCAACGCAUUGGUCAGCUGCAACUGAAGUCAUGCACCAAGAGGGGUAAAUGGUGUGGCCUCAGGGGUCCGAAGCUGACGGCCUUGGAGCGUUACUACUUCGUGAACAUUGUGACGGAGAUAUACCGCAUCGUUAUUUGUCACUUGAAGUUAGACGUAAUGCCCAAGUUGUUGAUCGAAUUCCUCAUUCGUUUAUCUCUUUCGUUCACACGUUUGGAGGAGAAAAUGUCUAAGAAGGAGCUUUUCCAGGAUCUCAAAGAUGGCGACUUAUCAACGCUGGUGGCUUGGGCGGCUGAAAAGGAGUCACGUAAACCAAACAGGAUCUUGAGGUGGGACACCGAUGAGGGCGGUGUGAACAUUCCCGAAAUGUUGUUGAAUGACAAGAACCUCACUGAGCAGGUUGGACUGCGUCGCGAAGAGUUGCAGGAGAUUAUGGACUGUCUAUUCGAUGACAACGUGCUUGAGGGAAGCACCAAGCUACCUGACUUCUACCACUCCAUUACCCGUAUUUGGAUUAUGGAUAUUAAUAUGCUGACGUUCUUGUUCAGCGUAUACAAGCAUGUGAAGUACCAGCGCGACAAAGAGCGUCUUGCUGUGAUGGAUAAAUCGAACGCCAAACUCCGUGCGAUGAGGAAUAAUUUGCAAGCCCUCGCUGAAGGAGAGAAAGAACUCGAGGAGUUCGCGAACGCCGAACACGUUGCGCAAAUGGAAGAAGAGUUGAAACGGAAGGAAUCCAAGAAAGAGCGACUGCUUGAGGAGCUCAAGGAAAUGCAAACAAGCCCUGACAGCUAUACCCCUGCAGAAAUGGGUGGUGACGAGGGCAAUUUGGAUGAGGUGAUGAGAGAUAUGGGUUUCACCGUGAAGGGUGCUUUAGAAAAAUACGUCAUUGGUGCAGUAUCUUCCAGCGAGUCAGAUACUGAUGAUGAAAGUGAUUCUGAUUCAGAAGGUGAAACUACAUCUGAUUCGGACUCUUCAACCGACGAAGAGUAA